AUGGGGCCGGGAGGCGCCCCAUCCAGACGCUCCCACCAGCUCACCAAAGGGAAACGGCGAGCGGCCGAGGCGGAACGGGGAGGGGAUGAGGGGGAAUACAUCCCGGCGUGCCUUGCGGGGAUCCGCUUCAUCCUGAUCCAGAACCGGGCGGGCAAGACGCGCCUGGCCAAGUGGUACAUGCAGUUCGACGACGACGAGAAGCAGAAGCUGAUCGAGGAGGUGCACGCGGUGGUGACGGUGCGCGACGCCAAGCACACCAACUUCGUGGAGUUCCGCAACUUCAAGAUCAUCUAUCGCCGCUACGCCGGCCUCUACUUCUGCAUCUGCGUGGACGUCACCGACAACAACCUGGCCUACCUGGAGGCCAUCCACAACUUCGUGGAGUUCCGCAACUUCAAGAUCAUCUAUCGCCGCUACGCCGGCCUCUACUUCUGCAUCUGCGUGGACGUCACCGACAACAACCUGGCCUACCUGGAGGCCAUCCACAACUUCGUGGAGGUCUACACCGUGGUGGACGAGAUGUUCCUGGCGGGGGAGAUCCGCGAGACCAGCCAGACCAAGGUCCUCAAGCAGCUCCUCAUGCUGCAGGCGCUCGAGUACCUGCGGGACGUUGGCUGCUCCGGUGCCGGAUCCGGCUGGCGCUUCCGACACCUGCAUUCCCUGCUCGCCCGCGGUGCCGAGGAGCCGGAAUCACCUCCCGACGGAGCGGACGGAGCCUCCCUGCUUGUGCGGCGCAUCGAGGAGCAGAUCCAGAGGAACGCCGUGCGGGAGCCUUCGGAACGCGCGGGCGCCGCAUUCCCGGCACGCUCGGCUCCCAGGACGAGGAGCGACGAGGACGAGGACACGGAGGACGCGGCCGCCGAUGGCACCCGGCCUGCCAAGAAGCAGUGCAGAAAGCCCAGCGAGGAUGAGGAUGACGACGCCGAUUCCGAGGAUGCGCUCGGAGAAUUCAACUUUGUGGGUGCCGGGAGCCGUGCCGACGCUCCGGGAUCCUGA